AUGGCGGCCCCACCUCCGCCCAGCGGCAAGGCCGCGGCCUCGGAGAGCCGGCGAGACAGCCCAGAGCCCGGCUCCGCGCCCGGCGCGCCGCGCUCCCAGAUAAUGGCUGCCGGCAGCGUCCCCCCCUACUCCUUCCCGGCACCUCAGCGCCGCCGGACUACAACUCCCGGCGUGCCCCGCGCGCAGUCCCCGCCCGCCUCCCAGCGCACCCCCCUGACGCGCAGUAUCAUGGGAAAUGCUUUAUGGGGCCUCCCCGGGGCCUGCCGUCAGCUCCCGGUUGCCUUCAAUGCGGGUGGGCUCCGGCCCAAGCACCCCCCGGGGUUACUCGCCCUUGCCGGGUGUGAUGGGCCCCGGCUGCCGGGACUACAGCUCCCGGCGCUCCUCGCCUUCCUCCCCCGGCCCUUUUCCCCGCCCUGCUCGCCAGGCCGCCUAGUUAAUCGCCAAACCCAGCCGAAGAACCGGGGACUACAGCUCCCGGCGUGCCCGGAGAGGCCCUCGGGUCCUCAGGCUGCUGUGUCACUGCAGGGGGACAGAGCGACGGGGGGCGGGCAGCUCCUUGCCAGCUGGCUGCUUCCCUUCCUGCCUAUUCAUCCCUGCCUGGUUGAUUUUUUAAGCCGUAGACCUGUAAGAGCGAAGCCGAGCGAUACCGACACGAGGACGCUGAGGAGGAGGAGGAUGAGGAUGAUUCUGCGGCCGCAGAAGGUGUUGGGUUGAGCCGGGAGGAAUGUCCCUGAUGGCACCUGAGCCCCCCGUCACCCCCCCUCCACGAGGAAAUCCCCAGCACCCAGAGCUUUGCCCAGUUUAAUCUGAAGCAGGGACGGGUUCAGUCGCGGCGCUGGGGGCGGAAGGAGAGCGAGGUGAUGAUUUUACUCAUUUGGGGACUUUACUCACCCCUUAAUUCCCCUGGGUCUCCUCCGCAGACACGCAAAGAUCUUCCUACACGCUUAAUUUCGCGCCCCCCCCGUGAGUAAUCCCAGUACCUCCAGCCUGGGCUCUGCAGAACGGGGUAUUUCUGGGGGGAAAAAAAA